AUGGUGGAUCCGACAGAUUCUCCAAGAACAUCGAAUUCAUCUUCGUUAUCUCCUCCAAGAUCGUACCUCAUCUUUAUGCGAAUCAUGAGCAAGAGACGGACAUGGGUCUGUCUCUUUGUCGCUGUCUACGCCAUUCUCCUGUCUUCCUCGUGGAACUUUCUCAGAUCUGUACUUACCUGGUACAAGCUCCAGUACACAUCAUCGCCGUCGCCGUCUCGAAUACCGGCGGUUUACGCGUCUGUGGUGUUAGGAGCGGUUUUCGGAGCGAUGUCGAUGGUUGCGGCGGCGGCGGUUGCUGUUCCGGCGGUUAUGGUGAUUUGGAUUGCGGUGGUUGUGUUGCUUGCGUUUUUCGGGAAAUCGAGGAGAGAUUUGGUUGUUGAAGCUCGUAAGAUCACAAGGGAUGUGUUUGGAUUUGUGUUUAAGGUUCUUUUGAAAGAAGGCAAUGCUGUUGCUGCUAUUUGUGCUGUUUUGGGUUAUUUUAUUCUUAUUAGAAAGGAUUUUGAUUCGAUUUAG